AUGACCACCCACAAGCUCUCCCCGACUUACGAGUCACAUGCGUCGCUGAUACUGAAGGAGUCUAUUCACAGACCCUUUGAUCUAAUGUCAGAAAUACUCAGGCCUAUCUGGCUCCGGGUGGUCAAAGACGAACGCUACAAUCUCAGACGCCGUCUCUACGAUAGGGCAAGACUAUAUGAGAAGCACAGGCCCAGCAAGUGUAACAUCCAGAAAGACUGGAUCAAGCGCUACAAGGAGAACGAGGAACUCGAGUUCGCUCUCCUGCAGCGAAUCAACUGCCUGGAAAGGGUCAGAUACAGACAUAGUAUUGAGCCAGAAAACCCCUUCCAGCAUGUCCCGGGGCCCUCAGAUCCGAAACGUCAAGUCUCCCUUGCAGAAGAGCAUUACUACCGGUGCCAGAAGGCAUGGAAAGCGUUGACCCUUGACAAGCCAUCUGGUCCUAUCAUCGAUGACUUUGAUUUCCUUCAGCAUCACCGAAAUGAAGAGGGCCAAACUUUGGCAUGGGAGGAGGACAAGCUCAUGUGCGCCUCGCUUGGUGGCUGUUGCGGUCGCAGAUGUAGAUGCUGUGAGAGACCUCUCCGUCACUAUCUGUUGCCUGAGGGUGAUCAGAAGGAGAUGAUUGGAUUUCAUGGCCACUGUACCGCCGAAUGUGGUUGCUGCAUGCGUUAUCGAGGAUUCUACCGACCAGACUCACGCCUCAAAGCCCUUGAUCCCGAACUGGCAUCGAAGAUUGCGGGAUACUUCCGCAGCUCAUACGUUGGAGACAAUUAG